AUGCACUCCGACAGCGACCACAGGCAUGCUAGGGUCGCCGUGGGCACUUCCUUCAUCGGCGGAGGAAGGGCGGACGACCGAGCUCGGCUGCGGGACGCGCUGCACCACCGCGUCCAUAUCCCCCUCGACGCCCGCGUUGACCGCGACCACUUGCGUCCGAACGCGCGGGCGAUUGGGGGCGGGAUGAGGCGUGCUGACGGCGACGAUCACGGGAUCGGCCCUUGCGACGAGGAAAGUCGAGCCGUUGGCGCUUUGCAGGACGAGGCGAACGAGGAGGCGAACGCGGACGGGAGGAAUGGUGAGCUGGCGAUCGGUCGCGAGAAGGAGUACGAGCGGGCGAACGAUGUCGGCGGGAUCCGCGGUCGCGUGACCGGCUACGUGAUACGGCGCGACGAGGCGAUUGUGGCGAACGAGGCAGGCGCGGAGAUCGUGACGGUCGCGGCUCAAGGAGACGACCGCCACGGCGGCUCCCCUGCCUAUCGUCGCGCGCCUCAGACGGACGACGACGAGGUGAUCGUCCCGGGCGCGCCGCAGCCUCUACGCCGGAGCGCAUGA